UUUUCUUGCGUCUCUUGAUUCCCUUAAUGUCCUCCUGAUCUUGCCACCUAAUUAAAAAAAAGAUCUUCUCCUUUGCCUUUGUCCAGAUGAGUCAGAUAUCCUCACCUCCUCGCAUACUUUCGAUGGAGGUAUCGAGCAGGGAUGACAGCGAGUACAGAAUAUUAGUUCAAAAUCGGGUCAGAUAUUUGAUCAUCAGCGCUGGUACAUUCGAACGGUCAACACUUUCCAUGCCCCUCAGCUCAUUGCCUGAAUUUCCUAAAGAUUAUACCUGGAAUGUUGCAUACGUCAGUCGAGAUACAUCGAGCGGUGAGGUCGCAAUGAACCUACAGCACAGAAACUUCAUUGGCAUAACAGACCUUUGGCAUCCUGUGCUGGUUGACUGUCUCGAUUUAAAAAGGAUCAAACAGCUCACCGCUACCACUUACGAAGCAACUUACACCUGUAACGGGUCGUUGGCUACUACGAGAUCGCCAGUUGUCAUUGCGAAGGUUGCCCGAUUUGAGUGGGAAAUACCUCGUUUAUUGCUGGAGACUCUCAUGUAUAGGAAAUUGGAAAACACAGGUCUUGCCCCAAGAUUCAUUGGCCAUGUCCACGAGCAUGGCCGUGUAAUCGGCUUUAUGCUAGAAAAGCUCCAAGGGCGUGAAGCAAAAAUCCAGGAUCUUUCGUCUUGUCAAGCUGCCCUCCAGCGCCUACAUGACAUUGGCAUCCUCCAUGGGGAUGUCAACAGAUACAACUUCAUUGUUCAAGAUGGGACGGUGCGACUGAUUGAUUUUGAGAAAAGCCAAUUUUGUAAUGGCUCUACUGCAGCUAUGCAAGCCGAGAUGGAUAGUCUAUGUGAUCAGUUAGUGGAGGACACCGGACGCGGUGCAGGUUUCGCUCGGUGAAAUUGGCCUGACUGGGAAAGCCGUCAGUUCCUCUCGGGCUGCUUCCAGGACCAUGUUAACCAACUAGUUAGGCAAUCCUCUGUUACGCCGAUCGCCCUUGCUUAUAGGUCAGAGAAUGAUCGCGAUUAUGCUAAUUGAUUUGUAUUCGCCGUGUAGUAUAAUAGUUAUUGCAAUAAAGAAUCCCC